AUGAACCCAGAAGCAGCUGCAAAGUGGUGUAAACAGCACAAUGCUCAGCCGGAACAGUGCUUAGUUUUCACGUUGCCAGAUACUAAAUGGACUGAUGUACAACUACGUAAAGUAGCUGAGUCCUUACCAGUGGUUGGCCGUGGAUUUGUAUUAGACAGCAUCAUGGAUACUGCUGAACACAAGACUCUAGCUUUAUUAGAAUGGAGAAAUCCCUUGGUGCGUGAGCAAAUACCUCAGAGUGUGUCAGGUCCAGGAGAAAAUGUAGUCCAUGUGAUAUUCCCUGAAAGAUGCACUACUUCACCGACAGAAGAAAUACCUGGGGACACUGCAUCACCUUCUACAACAGAGGUUGAAGUCUCACUACCCAGUAAUGCCAUAGGACCAGAAGUUCUGAAUGCUUUGGGAAGUCUUGUAGAAAAAUGCCUGAAGCCCACACAGCCAUUUACUGGAUUUGGGUACCGCAAAUUACGUUUCUUUUCCGGCAAGCAACCCACCCCUCAGGGAGAGGAAGAUUUUGAAUCAUGGAUGGAUCAGGCUUCACAGGCCGUAGAAGAAUGGGACAUCCCAGAAACCCAAAAAAAACAAAGAAUAGCUGAAAGUUUAAAAGGAUUAGCUGCUGACACCAUACGCAACUUAAAGAUGAGCAAGUAUGAUUGCACGGCUAAAGACUAUUUAGAAGUGCUGCAUGAUGUGUUCGGGAGAACAGAGAAGGCGUCUGACCUCCUGUACCAGUUUGAGCAUACAUACCAAGAGGUUGGUGAAAAAUUAUCUGAUUAUAUUAAUCGCUUAGACAAAAUACUCCACCAGAUCAUCCUAAAGAAGGGAGUGGACCCAAAAGUAGCUGAUCAGGUGCGGAUUGGUCAGAUUUUGCAAGGAGCUCAAGCUAUGGAUCCCAUCAUGUGGAAACUGAGGAUGAGAGACAGAAGAGAAACUCUCACCUAUUCACAGUUGGUUAAAGAAGUGAGGGAAGAGGAAGCACUGCUGGAAGCCAAAUCUCAGACUUCAACUCAAGCUGCAAGCGGAAGUAAGCCGGAGCUUGCAACAGUACAUACUACCCAAACAGGGGUCAUGGUCCCAAGUGUUGUGAGUACCGAGGUAUCACAGCUACAAGCGCAAGUGUCUACACUAACAGAAGCAAUAACCCAAGUUACCAGAUCCGUUGCAGAGCUGCAGAAGAUUGUGGUAGUUUUAGCUGAAGGGAAGGAUACCCCUGCCAAAGCAUCUACAGUGAGACCUAAGGGAGAAUCUGCAAAGCCCAGGUCCAUAGCUAUAUCUGGAUUUUGUUUCCGCUGUGGAGAAACAGGGCAUAUGAAGCGACAAUGUCCCAAUGCUGAAAAUUUGAGAAAAGUAAAUGAACUGCUAUUGGCAAGUGCGAUGCAGGAAAACUUCAGAGGGCCUCAGUGA